UUCGCUGAAUGAUUUCACAAAAGUUUGAAGAAUUUCAUUCCAGCCUCAGCUGUUCUUCCUGACGAAUUCAGCUUUUCAUUCUCCCUGUCUGCAUCUAGACUUUUAGCAAUCAGCUGUGCCUACAAUGUACUACAGCUCAGCCCUGCUGCCUUUUCUGUCAACUCUUCUGCUAUGCAUUGGACUGAACCCCAUUUCAGCGUACUCUGGUGCAGAGAAAGAUCUGGUUGUACCUUCUCAGUUGCUUGAGGACGAGAUUCACCUGUUGUGGGAGGGAGACUCGCGGAAGCGAAGACGCCGUGAUCAGCGCUCUGUGCUCGAAGCUGACGCUCGCAGGUCUCAAUCCCAGGGAGACCAUGGUGAAAACGUGUUCAUCCGAUUGCCUGCCUUUGGGAGAGAGUUGUAUUUGCAUCUCGAGAGAGACGUCAGAUUCCUGUCGGAGGACUUCAUUAUCGAGGAGAGGGGAGAUAAUGGCACCGAGAGGCUGCUCCAUAUUCCAGGCGGUCUGCUGUGCUUCUACACGGGACACGUUCUGAAUUUCAACAGCUCAUUUGCGUCUGUCAGCACCUGCAGUGGCCUGACUGGUUUUAUCCAAAUUGAAGAUGAGAGGAUGCUUAUUGAACCAGUAAACAACACUCUGGUGCAAUUCAAUGGGAUGGAGCACAAUGUUUUCAGACAGAAGAGAUCCCCACGAUCGAACCAGCAGAAUUCCAAAGCACACCAGCAGUCUUGCAAAACAGUAACAGGAAAGAAGCACAAGAAGUCCAAAUCUACAGAAGAGGGGAGGGGCAGAAGGAAUGCCAUCCGGUUACACAGCGACUACACCGUGGAGACGCUGGUAGUGGCUGACUCGGACAUGGUGCAGUACCAUGGAGCGGAGGCUGCCCAGAGAUUCAUCCUCACUGUCAUGAACAUGGUGUACAACAUGUUUCAUCAUCAGAGUCUGGGAGUCCGAGUUAACAUCCGAGUGACCAAGCUGAUCCUGCUUCGCAAGCGACCUGAGAAGCUGAAAAUUGGGCACCAUGGGGAGAGGUCCUUGGAGAGCUUUUGUUACUGGCAGAACGAGGAGUAUGGGGGCGCCCGUUACCUAGGUAACAACCAUGUACCUGGUGGAAAGGACGACACCCCACCUGUGGACACUGCUGUGUUUGUUACCAGGACAGAUUUCUGUGUGCAUAAAGAUGAACCCUGUGAUACAGUGGGGAUCGCCUACCUUGGAGGAGCAUGCAGUCAAAAGAGAAAGUGUGUGCUGGCGGAAGACAAUGGCCUCAACCUGGCAUUUACUAUAGCACAUGAGCUAGGCCACAACAUGGGGAUCAGCCAUGACGACGACCACCCUUCCUGUGCUGGCCGCUCCCACAUCAUGUCGGGGGAGUGGGUGAAGGGCAGGAAUCCCAGCGACCUGUCCUGGUCCUCCUGCAGCCGGGAUGAUCUGGAAAGCUUCCUGAGGUCGAAGGUCAGUGCCUGCCUGUUGGAAACGGAUCCUCGCAGUCACCAUGUGGUGAGGCUGCCUUCCAAGCUGCCAGGCAUGCACUACAGCGCAGACGAGCAGUGCCAGAUUUUGUUUGGCACCAACGCCACGUUCUGCAAUAAUAUGGAGCAUCUGAUGUGUGCUGGUUUGUGGUGUUUGGUCGAAGGAGACACAUCCUGCAAAACCAAACUGGAUCCCCCACUGGACGGCACAGAAUGUGGGGCAGACAAGUGGUGCAGGGCUGGAGAGUGCGUCAGUAAGACCCCGAUCCCACAGCAUGUGGACGGAGACUGGAGCUCCUGGAGUCAGUGGAGUGUGUGCAGCAGGACCUGUGGCACUGGAGCCAGAUUCAGGCAGCGGAAGUGUGACAACCCACCCCCGGGGCCAGGUGGGAUGCACUGCCAGAAAGCCAGUGUUGAGCAUAAAGCCUGCGAGGGCCCUCCCUGCUCAAAGGGGUUUCCUACCUUCCGGGACCAGCAGUGCCAGUCACAUGACAGGCAAGCCAGUAAGAAGAAAAACCACUGGACUGCCGUCAUUAACGAUGAAAUGCCGUGUGCCUUGUUCUGUAAUCCACUGGGAAAGGACUCUCCUGAGCUGGUGGCUGAGAGAGUGCUUGACGGCACGCCAUGUGGACCGUAUGAGACUGAUCUGUGUGUGAAUGGAAAGUGCCAGAAAGUUGGCUGUGAUGGGGUCAUUGGCUCCUCGGCGAAGGAGGACAGGUGCAGCGUGUGUAAUGGAGACGGCAAGUCCUGCAAGAUAGUGAAGGGAGAUUUCAACCACACCAGAGGAACAGUCACCACUACCCAUUGUAAGAAGGUUUCUACGUGUGUGAUGUCAAAGCCCAGGGCUGUUCCCAGGUGUUAUUCGUGUUACAUCGAAGCAACUGUGAUCCCUGCAGGCGCCCGGAGAAUCAAAGUGGUGGAGGAUAAACCAGCGCACAGCUUUCUCGCUUUAAAGGACUCCAGCAAGAGAUCCAUCAACAGUGACUGGAAGAUUGAGCUGCCCGGGGAGUUCCAGAUUGCUGGCACCACCGUCCGCUACGUCAGGAGGGGGCUCUGGGAGAAAAUGUCUGCCAAGGGACCCACUAAAACACCCCUGCAGCUGCUGGUGCUGCUGUUCCACGACCAAAACUAUGGGAUCCAUUACGAAUACACCAUCUCAAUAAACCAGACUGAGAGAAACGAGAUCGAACAAGCGAAGCAGCCAGAGCCACUCUACAUCUGGAGCCACAGCAGCUGGGAGGACUGCAGUGUCCAGUGUGGUGGAGGCGAACGCAAAACUACCGUCUCCUGUAUGCAGAUGAUCAACAAGACGAUGACCCUGGCCAAUGAGAGCAGCUGUCAGAUAGAGAAUCGACCAGCCGCCCACGUCAGGAGGUGCAAUACACACCCCUGCCAGUCACGGUGGGUGACGGCUGAAUGGGGUCCCUGUUCCAUCACCUGUGCGAAAGGCAUCCAGCUUCGGGAAGUGACCUGCAUUUAUCAGCUCCAGAACGGCUCUUAUGUCAACACCCGCGAUAUCUACUGCCUGGGUCCCAAGCCAUCCACGGUGCAGGGCUGUGAAGGUCGCGAUUGUCUUACAGUCUGGGAAGCUUCUGAAUGGUCAAAGUGUUCUGCAGACUGUGGCAAAGGCACCCACCGGCGCACGGUGACUUGCACCAAUUCUCAGGGGAAAUGUGACCCAGCAACCCGGCCCAGAGAGGAGGAGGCGUGUGAAGAUCACUCCAACUGUUACGAGUGGAAGACCGGAGACUGGUCCAAGUGCUCCUCUACUUGCGGAAAGGGCCUUCAGUCCAGGGUGGUCCAGUGCAUGCACAAAGUGACUGGUCGCCAUGGCAACGAGUGCCCCUCUGUGACAAAGCCACCAGCUUACAGGCAGUGCCACCAGGCAGCUUGCAACGAGAAAGUGAAUGUGAACACGAUUACAUCACCAAGGCUCGUUGCUCUCACGUACAAAUGCACGGGGGACCAGUGGACAGUCUACUGCCGAGUAAUACGAGAGAAGAACCUGUGCCAGGAUAUGAGGUGGUACCAGCGCUGCUGUGAAACCUGUAGAGACUUUUAUGAAAACAAGAUGCACCAGAAGAGUUAAUCACACUUUUUUUCUUCUUCUUGUGCCUCUUAUAUAUUUUAAGUGUUAUGAAGCAUAGGGGACAUGUGGGUAGGGGGGGGGGGAGAAAACACCAAAAGAAAAAACCACAACAUGAACUGGGAUGCCAAGCAUUAAUAAGUGGGUGGAUUGCAAAGCUUACCUUAUUAUCACUUGAAAAGCUUAUGCUGUAACACCAAAGUACAGUAGUAACUUGCAUCUCAAGGAGCUGGUCGUCUGGAGUGUUAUGAUUUUGUGAAGGCUUUCAGCACGCGCUGUCUACUGCAAGCCACUGGCAGGCCAGUUAUCAAAGAUUGGGGGGGGGGGUUAUUUGCUUUCCUUAUUUAAUUCUGUAGCUUCAAGCUUUUUAAUAGAUGCAAAGAUAAAGCUAAACAAAGGUUUUCCCACAAAUAGUAAUUCAUGAUAAACCCAGUAAUAUGGAUUAGUGGGGUUAGCAGGAUUAAAAUGUAGCAUGCCUUCCUUGGGAGUCUUAUGAAAAUGACAUGUACAUCUCAAUGCUUUAAACGCUUAUUGUGUAUGAAACGAAUUCAGCAGAAAAGCACAACAUAUCCUUCAGCGUGGCCAGGUAUGGUUCUCCGAUGAGCUGACUAAUCAGCAAGGCAGGGAACACUUCCAGUCCGGCGAGAGGAUUUUCAGUUCCAAAUCCACUUGGUCUUUUAUGGUACGUUUGUGGUUCAGAGACUUCUAAUGAAUGCUGUGUACUGUAAUAAUAUCCAUGCCUAGAGAUUCUCUUAACCACAGCCACUCUCACUGUUAAAGCGUGCAGUGCUUGAUGACAGCUUUCAUUUACGGUCAUCAUAAUAUUUACAGUCCGUGCAGUAAUGAAGUGUUCAGUCUCUCCUGUCCCGUUAAUCCUUUGAACCGUGGUUACUCUGUGGCACAUACCAAAAAAAAAAAAAAAGCAUUAUGUACUGUACAUGGUGGUGCUGGCAUAUGUUUAAAGCAUGAUGUAUUGCACACAGCGGUGCUAGCAUAUGUUUUUUCUCAAGUACUUUCUUACAAUAAUACCAUUCAAUAAUACCAUUCUUCAGGUUCAGAAUAAGAGUUUCUGGAUUAUGGCUUUCAAGCCAAUGUUGGCCAUUCACCAAACCUGAAGUGAAAUGAUUCUCACUACUCAAUGUGUUUGGAAUAGUUUUAGGAGAUUUUUCACUACUGCAGAAGAGUAUAUGAUUUAUUUGUGUUGUUUGUUAGUAGCUGAAAUUAUUUCAUUUCCAAAUGAUUGUGGUGCUGUUUGCUUCAUUGUACUGGUGUUAUUCCCUAUAUGCAUAACUACAUACUCCUGUACUGUAACUGUAGUACUGUAAGAUAUUAGCCUCACAGGUUCUGGUACAAAGACUGCCAACAUGUUCUUAAGGGUGCUAUUUUUGGUUAAAAAAAAAAACCCAUCAUGUCAAUUGUUUUUACAGAGUAAAAUGUAAAGAUGUUAAAGUUAGUAAUUUACUUAUAGGUAUGUACUGUUAGUACAGUAUAAUAGUCAUUUUGUUAUGGCCAAAAACUAAAUGGAGAACGCUUGUGAAUAGAUCUUUCAUGGACAUGAAAGAUUUAUUCACUCCAGGGGGAAUGUAGGUUGAUAAUGUACUUUAUUAUUAUUAUUAUUAUUAUUAUUAUUUAUUUGUCCAAAUCUUUUCUUGAGAUGAUGAAAUGUAUCAAAUAUAAUACUUGAAGAUAUCUUAGUAAUGUUUCUUAUAUAUAUAUAUAGAUAUAUAUAUAUAAGAGAUGAUAAAGGAUGUUUGCAAACCCAUUGCUAACUUGUUAAACUACCUGAACUUAAGUAAGAUGCCUCCAUUUUACUAUAAACCUGUUACAACACCACUUUUCUUUUCAGAACUGUGUUGCGAGUACAAUAAAAUGGAGAA